AAUUACUUCUUAGUGGCUCUUCUCCGCCUUCGCUAAAACCUAUUAUUCGAUUUCCCAGUUAAUUAUCCGUAAUAUAUAUAUAUAUAUAUAUUGUAAUGUGUGAUGGUUAAAAGAAAGCAGAUUCGACCUCGUAGGGCAGGGCGUAAUCUCGACACUAGCGGUGUUUCUAAACAAGGAUUGUGUGAGGCAGGCACAUCCCAGGCGCCAGAAAACGAGUUACCUGGUGAGGAUAAAACGAUAUACAUUGAUGUGGAUGGGGAUAACUGGGGUGCGGAAACGCAUUACGAUAUUUCAGAAGUGCUGUUAACGAAUGUACAUGUAAGUGAAGAGUUUCGGGAUAAGACAAUUGAGGAACAAAGUUCUUGUAAUGUAAAUGACAAGUUUAAGUUAAGGUUACGGUUGGAAAACGUAAAUGAACUUAUUGGGAGAGUGAAAUUACCGGGUCAGUGGCCUGUUAUCGCUGCUACUGAUGUGUAUUUAGAAUUCGUUGAACAGCAAGAAUUGUUGGAUGUAGAUACGCGUGUGAUGGUAACUGGGAAUUUUGAUGGGCCCAGUGAAGGUGUUUCCGGGCUUGCUCACUUGGUAAAUAUAAAGUAUAUGACUUUGAGGCCUAUUUUGGGGCUAACUGUUUCGGGGAGCUUGUCUUCUGUUAGAUUGAGAGUAGAGGUACAGAAGUGUGCGUUUGAGGCCUGUGAGUCACUUUUUGAGACUAAGAGGUCGUUAUGGAAAAAAAGUAUGAUGAAUGUCAUGGCUUGGCUACGUCCUGAAGUAACAACCUCGGAGACUAGAUAUGGAUAUAAGGUGCCUGAAGACAUGGAGAUUGAUGUAGAACCAGAUGAAGAUUCGGCUGUUCGCAGGAAACGAGCUAGGUUUGACGUUUCUGGUUUUUAUGAAGCUAUAAAACCCUCAAAGGGUAACCAGAUGCUAAUCGAUGAUAUGCCCGAGUUGCUUCCUGAGCUAAGACCUUAUCAACGACGGGCAGCUUUCUGGAUGGUUCAACGAGAAAAAGGAGCUUUAGAAUGCUUUGCAGGAAGUGAACCAAGUCAAUUUAUCUCACCAUUAUGCACGCCGGUGGAUUUAGUCGAUUCGUGCUCAAAAAUAUAUUACAAUUCAUUUAGCGGAUGUCUUUCAAUCAAUCCUGAGAACUGUUCUUCUUAUGUUCUUGGUGGCAUUCUUGCAGAUGAGAUGGGUUUGGGAAAAACUAUUGAGCUACUUGCAUGUGUAUUCGGACAUAGAAAAUUGGACACUGAAGCUGAUGGUGUACAUGAAGAGAUGAUACAAGUUGCUGGAGAAUACAAACCUAACAUCAAAAGAAUGAAAAGAGAUCGUAUUGAGUGUGUUUGUGGGGCUGUAAGUGAAAGCUCCAGGUAUAUAGGUUUGUGGGUACAGUGUGAUGUUUGUGAUGCUUGGCAACAUGCAAAUUGUGUUGGCUAUUCAGACAAAGACGGUGACGAGGCUCAUAUUUGUCCGCUUUGCUCAGAACUGAUUGAAGCAACCAGUUCGCCGGUUGCUACUGGUGCAACUCUUGUCGUGUGCCCAGCACCUAUAUUGCCUCAGUGGCAUGCUGAAAUUACUCGUCAUACAAGUCCAGGUUCUCUGAAAGUACAUGUUUAUGAAGGUGUUAGAACCACUCCAUCUUCCAGUAAACCUGUUACAAAUAUUGAUGAACUGCUUAGUGCCGACAUUGUCUUAACAACAUAUGAUGUGCUUAAAGAAGACUUAUCUCAUGAUGCUGAUAGGCAUGAGGGGGAUCGCCAUCUUAUGAGAUACCAGAAAAGGUACCCUGUUAUACCAACUCUUCUCACUAAAAUAUUUUGGUGGAGGCUUUGUUUGGAUGAGGCCCAAAUGGUGGAGAGUAAUACUACUGCUGCAACAGAAAUGGCUAUGCGAUUACAUGCUAUGCAUCGUUGGUGUAUUACAGGAACUCCUAUACAGCGUAAGCUAGAUGACUUGUAUGGGCUGUUAAGAUUUCUCCAAAGUAGCCCAUACAAUGUACUCAGGUGGUGGAUUCAUGUCAUUAGAGAUCCUUAUGAGCGGGGAGAUGUGGGGGCUGUAGAAUAUACUCAUAAUCUCUUCAGGCAAAUAAUGUGGCGAUCCUCAAAGUCACAUGUUUCUGAUGAGUUGCUGCUGCCUCCACAAGAAGAAUGCCUUUCUUGGCUAUCUCUCACACCAAUUGAAGAACACUUUUAUCACAGGCAACAUGAAACUUGUCUGACCUAUGCUAGGGAAGUUAUUCAGAGUUUCAAUACUAAUGUUUCCACAAAACAAGCUUCAGAUUCCGUCCUUACCAAUGUGGAGGCUGCAAAGCUUUUGAACUCCCUCUUGAAGCUACGUCAAGCUUGCUGUCAUCCCCAAGUAGGAAGUUCUGGGCUACGUUCUCUACAGCAAUCUCCCAUGACAAUGGAGGAGAUACUAAUGGUUCUUGUUGGUAAGACCAAGGUGGAAGGGGAGGAAGCCCUAAGGAAGCUAGUUGUGGCGUUGAAUGGACUUGCAGGGAUAGCUAUAAUUAAACAAGAUUUUCGUCAAGCUAUUUCAUUAUAUAAAGAAGCUUUGGAGUUAGCCGAAGAGCAUUCAGAAGAUUUUAGGGUGGACCCUCUGUUAAACAUUCAUAUACAUUAUAAUCUUGCUGAGAUACUCCCUUUGACGGAUAACCUGAAUACUGGAUGUUCUGGUCCUGGAAGAUGUGAAGGUAACGGCUGCAAGACGUGUGAUGUCAAAUCAGAUGAUCAAUGUGAUAUCUUAAAUGGGUCAAAUGAUGAGGAAAAUAUUGUGCAUAGGCCACAUUCCAUGUUAUCCAGGUGUACCAGCUACCAAUCUUUGCAGAUGACAUGCAACAAUUUAAAGCAGAAGUUCUUGUCCGUGUUUAACACAAGAUUGGCUGUUGCUCAGCUGGAAUUUAGGAAAUCUUAUGAGCUGGUUGGUAAUGCACAUAAUGAUAGAAGAGACCAGCAUACUACUUGGUGGGCAGAAGCCCUGCAUCUUAUUGAGCAAAACAAGGAUUUUUCAUCUGAUUUUAUUAGAAAAGUAGGGGAUGCUGUCUCUGGGACUCUUAACACUUCAAAAACGUCAAGACUUGCAGCAUGCUUUAGGAGCAUAACUGCACUCAAGUAUUAUAUUCAGACUGGCCUGGAUUCAUUGGAAGACUCUCGAAAAACUCUGCUGGAGAGACUUCUGCAAGUUGACCAGAAUAUGGAUAAUCCACUACCAGAUGAUGUAGAACGAGUGAGAUACUGUCCAAAUUGUAAAGUUAAUGGAGACGGCCGCAUCUGUGUGCACUGUGAACUGGAUGAAUUAUUUCAGGCUUAUGAGGCUAGGCUGUUUCGAGUAAACAAAGGACAUGAUGGAGGGGUGAUUACAACAGCUGAGGAGACUGUAGAUUUACGGAAGAAAGUGUCGGCUUUAAAUCGUUUUUAUCGGACUUUGUCACAACCUGGCAAAGCUUUAUCACAAUCAAGUGUGGAGAAAGAAAAUGAAGGGAAGAAAAGGGAUGUUGGGGAGAAGAUCACGGUUUCUAAAUCUCCUUCAGAGCUGGAAGUUGUUCUUGGGAUUAUAAAGAGCUAUUCGAAGGCCUUAUUAGAUUCAGAAGCAACGUCAGCAGCCAAGAAGCAUCUUUCUCUUCUUGAGGGAAUGCGAAAGGAGUACGCUCAAGCAAGAUCCCUCGCAAUUGCCCAAGCUCAGGUUCUUAAUGCUCAUGAUGAGUUAAAUAUGGCAACCUCACGAUUACGGCUGAGAGAAAUUGAAGAUGAUACAUCUAUUGAUGCAUUAAGUCUAGAAGAGUUAGAAACAGCAAGCGUUGAAAAUUCUGGUGAAAAGUUUUUUGCGUUAUCCUCAUUAUCACGCAUUAAAGGGCAGCUUCGUUAUUUGAAGGGUUUGGUAAAGCGUAAACAAAAUUCCAAUUCAGAAGGCAAAUGUGUUCCAUCUGAGGCUCAACCUUUGACAAAUUCUCAUGCUAACUCGCUUGGAAAGAAAGAGAAUGAAAAAUUAGUCCAGUUAGAGGAUGCAUGUCCGGUUUGUCAAGAAAGACUAAGCAAUCAAAAGAUGGUUUUUCAGUGUGGACAUAUUACGUGCUGUAAAUGUUUCCUUGGAAUUAGUGAGAGGAGAACUCAUUAUCCUGGGAAGUCUCGUGAGAAAUGGGUGAUGUGCCCAACAUGCAGACAGCAUACAGAAUAUGUGAAUGUUGCUUAUGUUGAUGAUAGGCAAAAUGAGUCACCUAAUGUUUCUGCUCAAACUUCUAGCAGCACAGAAGAUUCUGUGAAUGUCAAUGGUUCUUAUAGCACAAAGAUUGUAGCAGUUACAAGGAGAAUACUGUGGAUUGGUUCUACAAACCCAGAAGCCAAGAUUCUUGUUUUCUCCAGUUGGAACGAUGUUCUUGAUGUACUGGAGCAUGCUUUUACCGCUAAUGAUAUUAGUUUUGUUAGAAUGAAAGGAGGGAGGAGAGCGCAUGAUGCUAUCAGUCAAUUUAAAGGUGAGAAAGUUGGGAAUGUCAUGAAUAAGAAAAACAGACGGAAAGAAUCAAAUUCUGUUCAGGUGCUGCUAAUCUUGAUUCAGCAUGGGGCCAAUGGGCUUAACCUGUUGGAAGCGGAACAUGUUAUUCUUGUAGAGCCGCUACUCAAUCCUGCCGCCGAGGCACAAGCAAUCAGCAGGGUGCAUCGUAUUGGACAAACCAAAAAGACACUGGUCCAUCGUUUCAUAGUGAAAGACACCGUUGAAGAGAGCUUAUAUAAACUAAAUAAAAGCAGGGAUAGUUGUUCGUUUAUAAGUGGGAACAAAAAGAACCAAGAUCAGCCCGUCUUCACGCUCAAAGAUGUGGAGUCUCUGUUUAAAGUUGCUCCAUCCACACUAGAACAACAAACUAAAGAAGAAUCGACUUUAAAUUUAAUGCAUUUGCCACCAGGUGUAGCAGCUGCAAUAGCUGCUGAGAGGAGGCUCAUGGAGCAAACUAGUAGUUGAGAGUUAAAGUCCCAACUUCGAGAAACGUGUAGUAUAGGUUGGGGUGCGUGCGUGUAGAUAAUCAAGAAAAACAAAUUAGGCUGUUAAAAGUUUAGUUCCCUUACUAUCAUCCUUGUCUCGUUGCAUUUUUUGGUCAUAAAAGAUUAAGUAUAGGUCAUUUUGAACUUUUGUUCUUAGAGUUUCACAUUGAAUUGAGAUGCCACUCGACAAGAAGUUGAUUAACAGGAUUGAGUACCGAUGCUAACAAUGCAAACUGAAAAGAUGUCUCUUUUCCUUAGCUGAACCUCUUUAUGUGUACAACACUACCAGCAUUCAGUUAAUGGAAAUGUUAUGUUUGAAUAGUUGCUGCCUUUUUGCUUACCCUGUAGCAAACAUGACCUGCCAAUUAAAUUGUUGAUUGAUUUA